UAACGUUUAAAGUGUCUUGCUUGUUUUCAAAUUGUCUUAAUGUUCCACGCGCCACCGUUGAGAGAGGGAACACAAAAAUGGAGGAGUGGAUUCCGCUUCUCGACAUUUUCCUCAAGAGUCCCUCACCGGAAACUGAAGCGUCGCUCUGGUUAGACGAAGCUUCCAUCUCUUUCUCCUCCUCCUCGUCUUCGUCUUCUUCUUCAUCUCCGAUAAACCGGAGCUCGUUUGUUUCACUGCUGAAGAAACAAUGCGAACCAAUCGAUCAGAGCCCAUCUCCGUCUUCAAACAAGGUUAUGUUCAUUGAGACGUUACCAAACAUGGUCCAGUCUCGGAUUCUGUCGUUCCUUCUUUACGAUUACAAGAGGUUUUGCGGUAAGGAUCUGGUUUGGCUAGCGAGGGAAAUGCUGGGUGGUGGUAAAGGUGUUGACUUUUGGGUUCAGAGAGCUGCACAGAACCUGCUCGAUACAAUGCCUGAACGAAAAUUCGAUUGGAUAUCUCGUCUCGAUUUGGGUUCAGCUGAUGAGGAUAGUAUCGUGGAGGAGUUUGACUCUGUACCUGAUUGGCUCACCGAGAAGAAAGGUGGUUGUAUUGGUGCUAUUCUUCCGUGGCUUCCAGUAUCAUGCGCUGAUGUAGGCUCAGAGACGCUGGUUGUUGAUUCUUGUGAUGAAGAGGAUUUGAUGAGUCAAGGUAGAGAGAAUAUGGAAGUAGAUCAUCGAGAAGCUGUGGAUGAUGAUGAUCAUGAGAUAAAUGUUGCGUUACAGCCUGAUGUUCACGAAAUGGCUGUGAAUCUUAGAGCUAAGGUUAAGAGCUGUGAAUCUACUUCUGAAGUUUUAGCCUUGUGUGAUGAAAUUCGGAAGCUUUGCUUGGGGAAAGGUAGGGACUGUUUAAGAGUUUUGGCUUUGGUUGAGCCUUGGAAUGCAGAGGACGAGACUACUGCGGUUUUGCUUUCGAAUCUGCAUAGUGGAAGUGAGGAAGAAGAGAUUGGUUGGCCAAGCCAGAUUCUAUGUUCAACCGUGCUUCCCAAGUUUCUGGCUCUUGAAAAAUCCGCCUCUCGUGUGUUGAUGUCUGCAACAGUCGAGUUUUGCAAGAUCCACCAAAGAGCAGGUGAGUAUGGGUUAGUGUUCCCUAUGAUACUAAGGAAAGAAGGGAUCAACAGCUUCAUCUGUGAGGUGAUUGCAAGAGUUCUGAAAGAAUGCUGGCACUUGGGCCAUAUCUCUGCUUUUUGCCAGAAGUUGCUUUGUGGAAGAACAGAAGAGAGGAAGUUUCUGCUCCUUCCUUGCCACAGAGAUCUCAUAUCUGAUGACCUGACGUGGAAUGAAUCACUGUUUAUCCUUUUUCAGAACAUUUUGACACACGACGUCCCUUUGACUCAAGGUUCCGUUGAUUGUCUUGUUUCUAAGGUCCAGGAGAUGGCAGAAAGGUAUUGCAAGUCGCUAAAAUUUGGAAACUUCUUGCUACAUUUUAUCUCCAAAUGUGCUACGAUGCUACAUGCUCACAAGUAUCCGCUGAUUGAAUCUGUUAAGUGCACUAACAGUCUGGUUACAAAGUCUAUCCUGUCGAAACUCAACGCCCUGUAGCUUCAUAAUCAUAGGCUGUUCUUUGGUAUAUACACUUCAUCUAUGGUGGUAUUAGGUUUCACUUGGGAGAGAGGGUAUGAGACUGAACGAGAUGUGUAGUUCAGAAGGGCUUCAUUAGGGGUUUUGAAAGUGUUAUCAAGGCUUAUCUCAGUCAAGAUGAGCACUAGAGUAGCAUUUUGCAUUUGUUGGAUAACAUGGUGACAUGUAUGAACAGAACACAUGUCUUGUCUCUGAACUUGAUGGUUGAAGAAAACUUCAGAUACAAGCUGGAGAUAUAAUGGCAUCAGCAGCAAAACUGUAGGAUUUGGCUAUUGACAGUCUACUUCAUGCUUCACCGCUAUUACUCCUCCAAAGCUCCAUUCACGAGUCGCAAUUUUACAAAGGAACGAUUCAAGAAACAAACUCAAGUUCAGUUCACCGUUCCUGGAAU